GUAACCUGUUUUGGAAAAUUCCUGAACAGUUCAAACUUGUUCAAACGUGUCCCUUGUGAUUAUAUUACAUUAUUGCAAAGGUUUGAAUAACAUUUCUUCUCGGGUGCUGGAUAGGGACUCGGUCUUCACACUUCUGCAUUGGCUGUCAGAGCAAGAGGAGAGAUGACUGCUGCAAAGGUUUAAAGUCUUAUGCACAAUUUAGGAGUUUAGAAAAAUCACAAACUAGCUUUUAUCAGAAUUAUAUGUGAAUAGUGUUUCUUGAGUUGACACUCCUUAUAUCACCUGAGUGAUGAAGUUUAAUUAACCAGAGAAGAUUACAAUUAAAAGCCACUGCACUUUACCCUGCUGUCUAGAUAUAAUACAGACAGACAUCAGAUCAGAUCACACUGCACUGAUAGCAUCAUACGUUGCAUGGAAUGUAUGGCAAACACGGACUUGAACACAAACUUGUUCAACUUGUUUCUGAGUUCAUAAACCUUUUGAUUUAACACGAACAUAGAGACUUACAGUAAUGCAAAAACGGCUGAAACACAGAUUGUUUCCUAUCAUCUGAAGUGCUUCACUGUACAAAAAUUACAGUUGUGUGAAGAUGGCAGACGGCAGUGGACCAUCCUCGCAACCUGAAGAAGAUCAGGACAGUUCAUUCCAUAGAAGAGGAAGCAAACGUGAACCUCCAGAAAUGUUUUUGGGCAAAGAUGAGCUGAGAAUAGUUCUGCUGGGGUCAAACGCAGAUGUUAAAGCCUUCUGUGGGAACACAAUACUGGGAAAAAAGGUGUUCUCAGAGUCGCCGUCCCACUGGAAUUUGUUUGAGUGGCAUGAUGGGAUGGUGCUGGAGAGAUGUGUAAUGGUGAUCAACACUCCUGACCUGCUUGAUCCCAUUCACUGUCCUGAGAAGCAAGACAUGGAAAGAUUCUUUGAUUUGGCUUACCCUGGACCUCAUGCACUACUUCUGGUCCUUAAGCCUGGGACAUUUACAGAUCUGGAGAAAGAAGCUCUCAAGCUCAUUAACAUCGUUUUUGGUGCAGGUGCAUCUGAGUAUGUGAUUAUUGUCUUCAUGCAUGAGGAGCAGGAGUAUGCAAGCAAUGAAGACUCUGACAAUGUCAGCAGAGCCGUUGAGUCUCUCCAGCAGACCUGCAGAUGUCCACACCAUCAUCUACAGAAGAAUGGAGAUCAAUCAGAGGUGCAGAAACUUCUGGAGAGCAUCGAGAAGAUGCUGGAGGAGAACGGAGGCCAUCACCUGAAGAUUCCUGAUGAACCAAGACCAGUGGCAAACAAACCACUGCAAGGAAUUCCUCUCUACAGUCUCUCAACCAGACGGAUUGUUCUUCUGGGUAAAAGUGGUGCUGGGAAAAGUGCAGCUGGAAACACAAUACUGGGACAGAGAGAGUUCAGAUCUGAGAGGGGAAAGAGAUCAGUAACCCGUAAAUCCUCAGAGAAACACACCACUGUUUCAGGCAGAUCUGUGUCUGUUGUUGAUACUCCUGGAUUCUUUCAUGCACAGAUAAAAACCGAGGAGUUAACUAUAGAGGUAAAGAGAUGUGUUUAUUUAUCCAGUCCUGGACCACACGCUUUUCUCAUUGUGUUUCCUGUGAUUAUGAGAUUCACUGAAAUGGAGCAGCAGAUUCCUCAGAAGAUUGAGACGAUGUUUGGUGAGGGAGUGUUAAAAUACUCCAUCAUUCUCUUCACUCAUGGAGAUCGGAUAGAUAAACCCAUAGAGAGCUUCAUUAAGCAGAACUGUAAAUUAAGAGAUCUAGUUGAUCAGUGUGGAGGCAGAUAUCACGUCUUCAACAAUAUAAAUGAGAAUAACAGAGAGCAGGUGAAUGAUCUACUGCAGAAGAUUGACAGAAUGAUAGAGCAGAAUGGAGGAGGACACUACAGUAAUCAGAUGUUUGAAGAUGCUCACAGAUUCAGACAAGAGGAAGAAGAGCAGAGACGGAGAGAAGAAGAGAGGAGAAAGCUACAAGAAAAAGGUGGUGGAAUAAAAACAGAGGGAACAAACUUACUGCCGAAAGUGUGCUUACAUUUGGUCAUGCUGGGAAGAACAGGAGCUGGAAAAAGUUCAACGGGAAACACAAUACUGGGACGAGAAGCUUUUAGUUUAAUGAAAAGCUACAAAUCUGUCACUCGAGAAAUUGCUGCAGAAGUUGGUGAAGUUUGUGGAUUUGCAGUCAUUGUUUAUGACACACCAGGAUUUUCUGGUACAGAGAGUGAGGAAGAACUUGGGCAAUAUAAAGAGGUCCUCCAGAACUGUACAUCAGGCCUGUGUGUGUUUCUGCUGGUUCUCCAAGGAGACAGAUUCACUCAAGAAGACCAGAAAAUCGUGGAAAAGAUUGAGGAGCUGCUGGAAGAAAAACGCGUUGAAAACACCUGGAUUCUCUUCACCAGAGUAGAUCAGCUGUAUAAAGAAAACAAGACCAUAAAUAAAGUCAUUAAUGAGACAGAAUUCUUGAAGAAUCUUACUCAGAAAUAUGAGGGCAGAUUCCACGUGUUCAACAACAAGACAAAAGUUCCAAGUGACCAAGUGAAAUCUCUGAUAACUAAAGUUUUCCAGAGGGCCUUACAGAGAUUUUCCAAAAAUCCUUGGCAAAGUAUUCCAGUCAAUAUCCAAGACAUCUCUGCUGACAGUCACUCAUUCAGAAGGAUUGUGCUGCUGGGUAGAAGAGGUGUCGGCAAGAGUGCAGCUGGAAACACAAUACUGGGACAGAACGUGUUCAAAUCUACUCGUGGCUCAAAUGCAGUAACCCGUGAAUGUACAGAGAAGCAUGCCACAGUUUCAGGCAGGAAAGUGUCUGUAGUUGAUACUCCUCCAUUCUUUGGCACAGAGAUGAAUCCAAAGCAGUUAAUGACGGAGAUAGCCAGAAGUGUGUAUUUAUCCAGUCCUGGACCGCACGCUUUUCUCAUUGUGUUUAAUGUGAAUAUGAAAAUCACUGAACAGGAGCAGAAGAUUCCUCAGAUGAUUGAAACCAUGUUUGGAGAGGGAGUGUUAAAAUACUCCAUCAUUCUCUUCACUCAUGGAGAUCUGCUGAGAGGAGAAUCCAUGGAGCAAGCCAUUGAGAAAAACAAUUCAUUAAGACGUCUAGUUGAUCAGUGUGGAGGCAGAUAUCACAUCUUCAACAAUAAAGAUCAGAAUAACAGAAAACAGGCCUAUGAUCUACAGCAGAAGUCUAACACAAUGAUAGAACAGAAUGGAGGAGGACACUACAGAAGUCAGAUGUAUGAAGAUGCUCACAGAUUUAAACAAGAGGAAAUAGAGAGGGCACUGAGAGAUGAGGAGUUGAGACAGAGAGAGGAAGGGAGGAGAAAACCACAACUGAAUUCUUUUCGCAGUGUUUUAAUUGUGACUGCUGUCUGUGCUGGAGCUAUUGUUGCUGCCCUUGUUGGUGCUGCUCUUGCUGGAGUUCCUGGUGUUACAGCUGCUGUUGGAGCCAUUGUUGGAUCUGCUGCUGCUGCUGGAGCUUUCGAUGAUGUAGCCAUUUGGACACAGAGGAGGCAGAAAGAGAAAGAGGAGAGAAAACAAGAGGAUGAAAAUGAAGAAGAGCGGGAUUUAAGAGAGUGAAUUUGAGACACAUUUAUAAAGAAGUUAAAAGGUCAACUAUCAAGAAUUAAAGAGAGACAGAAAAGGACAGAACUGAGCUGCUACCAACUGCUGAUGAAAUCAGCCUGUGAGAAACUCGUUUGUUUAUGUUUAUAAUAUUCAUCAUCAUCGUCAUCAUCAUCUCCGUCAUCCUCACUAGCCAGGUUUCAAUCCGAGGAUUCAAAAUGUUUAGUGAUAUAGCUGAUGGAAAUGCCAUUUGUUGAAAGCAUUUCUCAAACGUUGAAACAAUCUUUUUCCGUUCUACAUUGAUACUUCAAAUGUCUCAAAAAUUAGUUUGAAAACACUUUUUGUUGAGAAAAAAAGGUGUUAGUGCAAAUGAAUGUGGUGUCACACAACAGAAUAAGCUUAUACAUGCAGUGUCUGCACGUUCGUGAUGCAUUCUUUUCAAUCUACAAUCAGCUGUUGGGCCCUAUUUUAGCGAUCUAAGUGCAUGGUCUGAAUCCUCUUAUGCUAGUUUAAUGACUGAAAAAAUGAUCGGUCCAAAAGGGUUGUACCUUGUCUCUUAAUGAGUCAUGGGUGUGUUUUGGGCAUAACGUGCAAUAAACCAAUCAGAGUCUCAUCUCCAAUUCCCUUUAAAAUCCAGUGCUUGAACAAUGGCGGAUUCGCUAUUUACACGGCCGAAUUUGCCCCAACUAUAGAUGCGUAUUACUAACGCACCCUUUAAAUAACAAAUAAAAUACUGCACCAUAGACUUUAGAGCAGGUUUUUUUUAGUCAAGGGCAGUCAUUUUCAGUUGCCUAAGAAAAGCAUUGAGCCAACAAAGAAACUGAACACACCUCGUUUUCAGACCUGCACGCCCAUGGGUGAAAAGAUGAGCGCGAGUGUAUUGCUAUUUAAACAAUGUGGUGCUGGACGUGAAAAUGCUAACCGUGUCAGGCUGAAACUAGCAAUUGCAAUCGCAUUGCGCCAGGUUUAUGAUAAGGCUCAUAGCCUACAAUGAAUAUAAUCUAUUUUUGACUCAAUUGGAUGAGGAAAAUUUAGUGUCAUGAAAAUCUCAGCAAUUUAACAAAAAUAAGUGAGGCAUCUAUUAAAUUAAGGAAGACUGUUGGAGUUUCUAACACUGACAAAAUAAAAGUAAAAUAAAAUUGAUUUCAUGCAGCUGUUCUAAGAUACGUAGCAAAUGAAAAUUACAGACAUGACAAAAAAAUCUAGAAAUACAAUUCAUAUACCAAGUUCUGUCAUCAACUCUAUAGCUGGUGCAGGCUGUUGGUCCUUAACCCAAACUGAUGAUAUCCACAGUGUUAACUACUUGGCACAAGCUGAUUGGUUCAUGUUGCAUAUGCAGCCAAUAAGCUUGCUCCAGUGGUGUAAUGUAAUAAAGUAAUAAUACUUCGUUACAAUACUAAGUAUUCUUUGGGGAGUAUCUGUACUUUACUUGAGUUUUUAUAUUUCAGCCAAGUUUUACUUUUAGUCCACUACAUUUCCU